AUGAAUUUACCAAAUUUAACAGGUUUAUUCUUUUGGUUAUUAUUAUUUCUAUCAUCAUUUCUUGGCUCUAUAUUUCUUCUCUUUCCAUUUAUUCCACUCAUAUAUUUUGCUCCUUCUUUAUGGCGUAUAUUUGCUGAUUGUUUUAUUGGAUAUUGGUUAAUUUUACCUUCGUCAUUGUGUGAUUAUAUUUUGGGAGUAAAAUUUCAUAUCACUGGCGAUAUGAUCAGUUGUUCUGAACCAGCAUUGAUUAUCAUGAAUCAUAGAACAAGACUUGAUUGGUUGUUCUUUUGGAAUGCACUUUACAAAAUGAAUCCAUGGUUACUUACAACUGAGAAAAUAUCAUUGAAAAAACCAUUGAAAUCUAUUCCUGGUGCAGGAUGGGCAAUGCAAUGCGCUGCUUAUUUGUUCCUGGAACGUAAUUACAAAAAUGAUGCGCAUACUAUUAGUGAUAUGAUCACGUAUUACAAAGAUUUGGGACGUCAUUAUCAGAUUUUACUUUUUCCGGAAGGAACAGAUCGUGGUGAACGAGCUGCAAAGAAUAGUGACCAAUUUGCAAUGCAACACGGUUUACCAUUAUAUCACUUUGUUUUGCAUCCUCGUACGACGGGUUUUUCAUAUAUGAUACAAGUAAUGCGUCAAAAAAGUUAUCUAAAGAAUGUUUACGAUAUAACAGUUGGCUAUCCGGAUGAGAUUAUCAGUUCAGAAUUAGAAAUACUUCGAAACGGUCGCUUUCCGCAUGCUGUACAUUUUGAUGUGAAAAGAUAUAAUGAAAAUGAUUUACCUCAAGAUAACACUGGUUUGAUUAAUUGGCUUAAUAAUAUUUGGAGAGAAAAGGAGGAUCGACUCAAAAAUUUUUACAAAGCUGAUGUCGCCAACAGAAAAUUCUUACCAUCUAGUAGUACGAAGAAUAAUUGGCCGAUUCAUUCGACAGGCAUUGGUUAUUAUUGUGCUCUUUCAUUUUGGAUAGCGAUGUCUAUAAUAUGGAUUUAUUUUAUUGUUUAUUUUUUAUUUGUCAAGAUUUAUGUAUUCUUUGCCUGUGUUUUUUAUGUUUAUUGUCAUUGGAAAUAUGCUGGUGUACAAAAUUUAGCUAUACAACUAUUCAAACAACAACAGCAACAACAACAACGUCAACAAUAA